UGACGUAGGUGUAUUUUAGUUGCUAAAAAAUCUGGUAAUAAUAACAUGUAAAAACGACUAAAAAAAUUGAUCUUAAUUUGACUGUUACUGCAAUAAUAACGUAGUGAAAAAAAUUGAAGGUUUGAAUAAUGCUAUCUUUUUUGUUGAUUAUACCAUACAUGUAAAAAAUGUGGCGUUGAUCAACUUCAGCAGUGUUAGAUUGAAAUCUCUAAAUAUGCAUGGAAUGUAAAUGGUUAUCAAUGCGGAACGGAUAUCAAAAGCAUGCAGACAUUUUUAUUUUAUAUUUUUAGCGAAAAAACCAAAUAUUGACUAACAAUUCAUGUGUUUGUCUCGUUUAUUAAAACAUUCAAUACACCUGUUACUAAAUAAACUAUUAUCACCCAUAUUUAAGAGAACUGGUAAUCGAGAACCCGGGAAUAAUAAUUCUUGUUGUGCCUGCACGGGGGCACAGAAUCUAUUACGGUACAAAUAAAGAGAUCGCUUGUUGGUGAAAUCGCAACUCUGACGACCCCCUAAAAGCGUAAAUAUGAAGUUAUUAACUAACAUAAACCCUGUACCAAGAGCGAUAACAGUUUUGGAAUCUUUUUCUUAUGUUUACGUUUUCGAUCAAAAUGAAAAACACAAGUGUAUUGAGAAAUGGAACGAACACAAGAUACGGCAGCUAUACUCAAAUCUUACAAGCAAGUUUUUUAUCUGUAGGGACGUUGGAUUUACUGUUAGUUCCACCCAUGUUUAUUCUUAAUAUUUUGUUUAUUUGGUUGAUCAAAAAGCAUCCAACAUUGCAGUCCAACCCAAACAAAUUGUUGACGCUUCUUGCGCUGACUGAUUUAUUCAACUGUUCAGUUUCGCAAGUGUGUUUUGCAGUGGAAAGUAUUCUUCUAAGCCGUGGACUGUUUUACUUGAAUUUUGAUAAAAUUGUAGCUUGUAUUGCAUACUCAGUAACUGGAGCUUCUUUUUUCAGUGUUAUUUUGAUAUCUGUUGAACGCUAUAUUGCCAUCGUUUUCCCAUUUUACUACAACAUGAAAUUCCGCUUGUCUCACUUGGUCAUACUUUAUGUUAUUCUAGUUUUGUCUUGGUUAACAACAGUUGUUAUCACGUUAACUGUUUGGCAUAUGAUGGCAUUUUAUAUAAUCGCUGCUUUAAUAAUCGCUUUUGGAUGUGGCGUCAUUUUUAUUUGUUAUGUCGGCAUCUUUUGUGUUUAUCGCCGUACUCAAAAAAACAUUAAAUUACCAUGUGGAAAUUACGAUGUUAAAAUAAAAGUGAAAAAUUACCGUACGGCGUUUAUAGCGGGGUUGGUGAUCAUGACUUUAGUAGUGUGCUACGCACCAUUUUUGAUACUUUCGUUUUUAAUGUGGAGACAAGUGGCGAUGAAGAUUUGGCUGAUUCUGCCGUGGACACAGACUGUUGCUUUGUUACCCGGACUCAUUAACCCGAUCAUUUAUUACUGGCGUUUAAAAGAAGUCCGUGCAAAAUUUUUACGUUUGUGGAGUAACUUGCAACCUUUUCACAGGUCACGUGAAAGAUGUCGUCCCUUUUAUUUGCCGUCUCGAAAUCAAAUCAAUCUUCAAUUGAAUAAGCUUGAGGAAAAGAAUUCAGAAUGCAAGAUUUAGAUGAGCGGACACACUUUGCGAAUAUUUCCCAUCAUGCUUUUUUCACGAAGCUGUUCAAACUUGUUAAAAAAACGAAUGUUGUCAUCCAAAAAAUAUGUCGAAACACAAACAGAAAGUUAGUUAUCAUGUAGAAGCCACAAAAAAAGAAACAACUCGAAACAUAUUUUAUUUAUUAUAUCCAUGUUUAGACCAAGUUUCACUCUUAAAUGUUCUCGUAUAUUUUGACAGCCGUGCAACCCUUUCCCUCAAGGUUCCUGAAAACGGUUUGGAAUUCGUACCAUUUAUCCAGGUUUACCGUAAAUGCUCGAUUGAACGCCCCGGGCGCUUGUUUAAAAUUUGAUUUUUAGGAUGGGCACCUAUUCAAGAGGGGCGUUUAUAAAAAAGCUUUAUUUUUGUGCUAUGUAAUUGAUACAAGAGGUGAAGCUGCAGAAUAGGAUGGAUAUCUAACAGACGUUUAUUUAUGUUGAGAAGGAAAAGUAGAGUAGCUUGUGGUGAUUCAUAAAAUAGUUGUGUAA